CAUUCAGGAAGAGCACAAGGUUUGAGGCACUUUGAGUAUUCAUGUGGCUCCUUGUAAUUGCAGUAUUUAACAAUCAGUCUGCAUGUCAGCAGAGGUUAGAGAGAGCAAGACACCAGGGGAGGGAAGGGUGCCCUGAAAUCUCAGAUUCCAUCUGGCACUGACCCUCAUUGGUGUGGAGAGAUGUUCAGGAUCAUGUGGUGAGACUGUCGGAUUUCAAAUCUGACUGAAAUCUAAGGAUCGUUCCUCUGUGGAUUCUGUGGCAUCAUGCACAGUGAGACAUCAAUUUAUGAUUCGCACAGGAGAGAGGGUAAUUCAAAUCUAACCAUGAAUGAGCUCUCUACGACUUCUCUGGACCCCCGGGAUACAAAGAGAAUUUUUCUUCUCUAGACAUAACGCAUGGAAAUCAAAAGUGCAGAAAUAUUUCCUCAGGAGUCCAUUAUCAUGGAGGAAAAUCAACAGACAGGAAACAUAUGAAGUAAGCCAUAUGGAAGAAUCACUCGAGACACUACUUUCACAGAAAUUUGGACGAACAGCAUUCCGGGACUUUCUGAAGUCCGAGUUCUGUGAGGAAAACCUGGACUUCUGGCUCGCGUGUCAAGAGUUCAAAACCUGUGACAGUCCAGACGAGCUGACGAGGAGGGCAGCCAGGAUUUAUGAAGAGUUCAUCAGCGACGAGUCCCCCAGACAGGUAAACAUAGACUUCUACACACGAGAGAUCAUCAGCCAGAAUCUCCAGCAACCAAGUCCAUCGUGUUUUGUCGUGGCACAGAAGAAGAUCUACGGCCUGAUGGAGAAUGGCUCCUUCCCCCGCUUCAUCCAGUCGGAGUCUGAUACAGAUGCAAACAGAGAGGCCAGACACAGAGCAGACACUUCCCCUUCCCUCAAAAUGCUCCCUCGACAACAUAAUGUAUGAAAGGACUGAAAACUCUGUGUCUGUGAAAUGAACAUGACUGCAGGAAGGUUGUGUAUUUUGUGAGUUUGCAAUAUUUAUAAAAGUAUUAGAAGAUCUGGACACGUAUGCAUCAGUAGGUGCUGCAGGGCUUUGGACUUUAUUUUGUUUUAAAUUCAUGAGAGUUGCUCAACUCUCUGAACAAGUCAGCUGACCGGAUGACAGCGUCCACGUGUGUCAUGAAAAAUGCAUGAUGUAAUAUUACAGUCUGUGUGCUACUGCCACCCAGUGGUUCCAUACAAACACAGUAAGGCUGGAUGAAAGGAGCCUUUGUCUCAAUUGUCAACAGCUGUGUAUUGUAUUGUGCAUUUUCACAAAAUCCCACAAAUGAACACAAUAUAUUUUCUAUUUCAAAUUGGGAUUCACAUAUAUGUUUCAGACAAAAGCAUUCAAUUUCAGUCCCUUUGAAAUCACAUUUCUAAAUCAUCUCCAGGAAAUCUGUUCUUUUUUUCUGGCAAUUUUUUCACAAAAAACCUUUGUGUGGAUGGAUUCGUUCUGUGUUCGGUUAAAAAGAAAUGUCUUGUUGUAAAGAGAAUAAGAAGACGGUCAAAUUGGUGAUUCUGUUGCAAUGCACUGUUCAGACAUCUUUAUCUUUCCUACUGUGACAAGCUAAAUUGUUCUCCGUGGAAAAGGCCUGUCGGUCAGGCUCCAUCAAAACCAUUAUUAUACUAGGACUUUACAGGAGGGCUAUGUGAGUCAUCAGCCCUCCACAGAGAGAAGAGUGGCAUGAAUAGUCUUCAUGCAAUGUAAGCAUAGGGUCAGCACUUAACGUCAUCAUCUUCUUCUCUGAGCCUCUGCUCAUGCUCUGUAGCCGGCCGGAGGCAUUUUGGAUUUGAUUAUAGAAAAUAGAGGUUGAAAACAAAGAGGCAGUAUCAGGAAUCAGAAUCUGUAUGAAAGCGUACAAAUAAUGUGUCCACGCAUGCAACACAGAGGAAUGGGAAUUUUAAGAAGGAACAAAAACAUAGCUGUGAUAAAUAAUGAAUGAGUAAUUAAUAGUGAAAUAAUGAAAAUCUUUUUGCAAAAUAUGUCUUUUAACGUCCGGUGAGAUGAAGCUUGUUCUUUUACUGAUGAUUGUUACAUACUCUAUUCUAUUACUGACAAUAACUACACCGUCAAUUAGUCAUUGCUGCUCCCUUCGUUUCUAUCACACAUUUUCUUACGUACAAAUAAUUUAAACAUUGACACACUUUUCCAUUAUGUUACAAACUGUUUCUUCUUAUCAAUGCUGUGAAUGCUGCUAUUUUGCUGAUGUUCUCAGUUACACGUGGCACUUCUGUCCUUCCUGGGAGAGGGAUCCCUCACACGUGGCUCUCUCUGAGGUUUCUUUUUAUUGACCCCUGUCAAUAGGUUUUGCUCGUUUUUUCCCUACUAUAGUUGAGGGUUAAAGGGCAGAGGAUGUUGCACCUUGUUAAGCCCUAUGAGACAAAUUGUUGAUUUGUGAAUAUGGGC